GUAUAUUACACAUUAAUUCUUCCAGAUCUGCAUGAAUUUUUUUUAAGAUGCCUUUGAUUUUGAGAAAAUAAAUAUUUUUUAAAUAUGAUUUUAUAUUAUGCUCUAUUUAUGUUUAUAUUCUCUGUUAAUGUGUUGUUUUUUGCCUCUUCUGUGAAGUUCCUGAAAUUUCAGGAAACAUAUUCCAUUAUUUUGUUGUAUAUUUUAUGAUGAUAUCCAUGAGAGGAUGAUUAUGACCUACCCCGUAUUUCAUACAUUAUUUGCAAAUUUUGUUCCUUCAAAACUGCCUUGGAGGUACAUAACAGUGACAACCCAUAACAUCAAUUGGAAAAUAAUGUGGUACUUCAUAUUUGACUAAUUAAUAGUCAAUUAUUUCACCAUUAUCCAAGUAUCACCUAUUUUAUUUGACUGUUAUAUAUUCUUACAAUUCUGUAUAACUGACUUUUAUUUGAUUCUCUAAUUUAGAUGCGUAGAGGUGUAAGUAGUCAGAAACAAACUCUGUCUGAAAAUGCUCAAUGGCCAUUUGCUAAUGAGGAAUUUUUAAUUCAACAUAGCUAUGACUAUUACUUGCAAGGGCAUUUACAGAACUCAACUUUUUCGGGGGUAAUCUGGGGUAUAAUUGCUGGUCAGUUGAACGAGUCCACUAAUCAUCAAUUUCAGUACACUGUCAAACAGUGUAGAGAAAAAUUCACAAGAAUAAGGUCACUAUGGAAACUGUAUUAUAAAUUGUUGAACACAGAAACUGGAUAUGGGAUUGAUGAACAUACAAAAAAGAUUACCGGUGAACCGGAAAGGAUUGCCGCAGUGAUUGAUGGAAACAAGGAGUAUGCUAGAAUGCUUAAUAGUGGAAUCCCCCGUUACGAUAAUUGCACCGAGAUGUUCUACAGAACUUAUGCAACAGGUUCACAUGCAAGGUCUGGAUGUCAGGGGCCUCUUGACAGUGAUGAUGAUGAGACUGUUAGAGGUUCUAUAAAACAGGUUUCUGGUGGCAAAAGGGCUAGCACUGAGUUUAUGGCUACUUCAGACCAGGAUUGUGGACCAAGUAACCGUAGCAACAAGCAAUACGAGCCCUGCAAUAAGGGUAAAGUUAACAAGACAGAGUCCAUGACCACAGUGAUGCAGCAAAUUGUUGGAAAUGAUGGAGGCUAA